ACAGUAGGCCAGGCUGCAGCAUUAGGCACAAAGUUUUUACCAACCUGAUAGCGAAUCCGCAAGCGAUAAAGGUCGCGUGUUUGUGCACAGGAACGCAAAAAAAAACCGCGUGGCAGCACCGUCCUCCAGUAACCCUUUUCCUGUUGUCUUCCGGCGUAAACCACGUGCAUUCCGGUUCAGGCGCAUUUCGUCCCGGAAGUGUGUCAAAGUAAGCGAAACCAAGGCGAAAAUGGUGAACGAUGAGAGGAUGAAAGCGCUCGGCUUGCGUCUGUUCGAGAUCAAUGCGUUCAAAUUCGGUGAUUUCAAGAUGAAGGUGGGCAUCAACUCACCGGUCUACUUUGAUUUGCGCGUCAUUGUGAGCCACCCGGAUGUGAUGGACACACUGGCCGAUAUGCUGCAGGAAUUCAUCGCCGAUAAGAAACUGAACACGUCCGGAGGACACUUGUGUGGCGUCCCGUACACCGCACUCCCGGUGGCGACGCUCAUCUCAAUUAAGUCCAAUAAACCGAUGCUGAUACGGCGCAAGGAGGCGAAGAAGUACGGCACCAAGAAGCUGAUCGAGGGGAAGUUCGGUGCUGGGGACAAGUGUCUCAUCAUCGAGGAUGUGGUCACGUCCGGAUCCAGUAUUUUGGAGACGGUGGACGAUCUCCGAUCUGAGGGUUUGACCGUUACUGACGCGAUCGUUGUGGUCGAUCGUGAGCAGGGUGGUGUCCAGAAUACGGAGGAACGUGGCAUAAGGAUGCAUUCGCUGUUUACGCUGUCGUACCUGUUGCAGGUGCUGCUGGAGGCGAAGCGGAUUGAGGAGAGCACGGUUAAGGCGGUGGCCAAGUACAUCGAAGCCUGUCAGAUCCGAAGCGAUGGUUCGUUCAUGAAAAACGGCACCAAGGUCGUGAACGAGCUUUGUCGCACGGGCAUGACUUUUGAGGCACGGGCCGAUCUGGCCAAAUGUCCACUGGCAAAGGAGCUGCUCCGGUUGAUGGCGACGAAGAAAACGACGCUCUGUCUGGCGGCUGAUUUGACCAGCAGCGAGGAGAUCCUGAACUUAGCCGAUGCGGUUGGACCGUACAUUUGCCUGCUCAAGACGCACUGCGACAUUGUGGCCGAUUUUAGCGAGCAGUUCGUGCGGUCACUGCAGUCUCUCGCUCGGCAGCACAACUUUCUGUUGCUGGAGGACCGGAAGUUUGCGGAUAUCGGGAAUACGGUCGCGCAGCAGUACGCCGGAGGGAUGUAUCGGAUUGCGGACUGGGCCGACCUGGUGACGGUACAUUCGCUGCCCGGCCAGGGCAUCCUGAAGGGGCUGAAAGCGGCCAUCACCGGUGAGCGAUCGCUCGACACCCGGGGCGUGUUUCUGCUGGCCGAAAUGAGCACCGAAGGCGCGCUUACGGACGAGAAGUAUUCCACGGCGACGAUGAAAAUGGCCACCGAGCUGGACGCGGACUUUGUGGCGGGUAUCGUGUGCCAGAGCAAGGAUCUGGUCGUAGCACCUGGCCAACUGCAGCUUACACCGGGCGUAAAGCUGGAGGAAGGCGUGGACGGACUCGGCCAGCUGUACGAUAGUCCGGAGCGUGUGGUGAAAGACCGUGGGGCGGACAUUUGUGUGGUCGGACGUGGAAUUCUUUCCUCAAAAACACCCGCCGAUACGGCUCGUAUUUAUCGCGACCGUUUGUGGGAGGCGUACUGCGAACGGAUCGGAUCGGUGGAAACAAACGGUGCCUCUAAAUGAGCUCCUAACACGCCCGUCUCCGCGAGAUAAUGAACUACAUCUUUCUGUAUUAACUCUGCCCACCCGGAACAACGCCCCAUUCUACACGAGAACAACCUUCGAAAAGUGCAACGAAAAACUAAUUAUCAACCGCAACCGAUUGUGAUACGAUCUGAAUAUUCCUUUAUUUUGAAACGAAAAAGAAAGAUUAAAAAUACAAUGCAUUUAAACUGUACAGUAAAUCUCCGUCCGUGCACGAUACUAUUAUUGCGUUAGUUCAUCUGUCCGAAAUCUACAAUCUAAACAC